AUGGAAGAUAAGAACCAGACAGUAGUGACUGAAUUUCUCUUAUUGGGCCUCACAGAUCAUCCCUAUCAGAAGAUUGUUCUCUUCUUCAUGUUUCUCUUUGUUUAUCUUAUCACCCUGGGAGGUAACUUGGGGAUGAUCACUCUCAUAUGGAUUGAUCCCAGACUCCACACUCCUAUGUACUUUUUUCUUAGGCACUUGUCCUUUGUAGAUAUUUGUUCCUCUUCUUCUGUUGCGCCUAAGAUGCUGUGUAAUAUCUUUGCAGAGAAAAAAGACAUCACUUUUCUGGGUUGUGCUGCACAGAUGUGGUUCUUUGGUCUCUUUGAGGCAGCUGAGUGUUUUCUCCUGGCUGCCAUGGCAUAUGACCAGUAUGUGGCCAUCUGCAAGCCCUUGUUGUGUACGCUCAUUAUGUCUCAGCAGGUCUGUAUGCAGCUGGUGGUAGGGCUUUAUGCCAUGGCUCUUAUAAGCACCAUGACUCAUACAAUUUUCACUUUUUGCUUACCCUUUUGUGGUUCAAAUAUUAUCAAUCACUUUUUCUGUGAUAUUUUUCCACUGCUUUCCCUAGCAUGUGCAGACACCUGGGUGAAUAAAUUUGUGCUGUUUGUCUUGGCUGGAGCUAUAGGAGUACUCAGUGGUCUGAUCAUCAUGGUCUCCUAUAUUUGCAUCCUGAUGACCAUCUUGAAGAUCCAGACUGCUGAUGGGAAGCAAAAAGCUUUCUUCACCUGUUUUUCUCACCUUGCGGCUGUCUCCAUCCUGUAUGGGACUCUUUUCUUGAUUUAUGUUUGGCCAAGUUCAAGUUCCUCCCUGGGUAUCAAUAAAGUGAUUUCUCUAUUUUAUACUGUGGUAAUCCCCAUGGUUAACCCCCUUAUUUACAGCUUGAGGAAUAAGGAAGUGAAAGAUGCAUUCAGAAGAAAAAUUGAGAGGAAAAAAUUUAUUAUAGGUAGGUAA